AUGUCUGAAACACUUCUUCUUUCACAACACUUGAAAUUUCUACGAGGACAUCUUAUUACGUUACCUGCUAAUUAUCGAAGUUUUGAUUCAAACAGAGCAGCAAUUCUCUAUUUCACUUUAUCGACACUUGAUGUUCUGGGAAAGUUGGAGGAAGAGGUGGAUGCAGAGUUAAGAGAAAAACUUAUCGAAUGGAUUUAUCGUUUGCAGUUAAAAAGUGAUUCUGCCCCACAUUUUGGAUUUUUGGACACAGGAUGUUCUGUUCUUGGUGGUAUCAAAAUCAAUCCUACUAUUCAAGAUCAAGGGCCCAGUUGUCCGAGCAAAGAUUUUUAUGUAUCGCAGUAUAAUCUUGCGCAUCACUGGCAACGGCCUUAUAUGGUACCGCAUUCAGUGGGUUUCCCACAACUUUUAGCUCGAACAAUGCCAUGGGUUCAAGAUUGUCUAGCAGUGCGACAUGCAGGACAUUGGCCUUUUGAAACUCAUAGUAAUCGACUGAAGAAUAGAAAUUUACUAGAAGUGGUCGAAGAUCCUUCUUCUGAUGGUUCGGUGAUACUUUGGUGUGUAAGUGAGCUUUCAACAAGGAAACGUUUAUUGGAAUUUCGUUUACAUCAUUUAAGAGAUGAAGAAUUUGAUGAGUGGAAAAUUGUAUCAUAUGAUAGGGAUGAACAUCAAGAGAAUUCCGAAACAACGGAAAUAACGGAGAGAAAUUGUAAUUCCUCUGCUGAAAAGGAUAUAUCUAUAUUUGAAGAGCAACUUAUACAUAAUCAUAGUUCUAAUAAUCCGGAAUAUUGUCGAACAUUAGAUGUGAGUACUGCCUUACUUGAAAUUCGACCUUAUAAGCCCACUGGAGAAAGAUGUCGAAUUUUGGCUCGUAGCGAAAAAGAAUUAUAUCUUUGUGAUCCGGAAAAUAAUAUUGUAUCCACACUUUUUCAUCGUCCUAUUCAUUCUCUGUCAUUCAUACCUUAUAUGAACGAUGAAAUAGUGUUUCUUGAUGAUAGUGCUCGAAUUUGGUAUGGAGAAGUGGGUGGGAAUUUUAUUCAAGCAAAAUGUAGCUAUGAUAUUGAGUCGAUAGCUGGAUCGGACCAUCCACGAUUGAUAUAUGCAGCUAACAAAGACGGUGUUCAUUUGAUUGAUUUGAGAGUUGGUGUUUCGGACGGUAAUUUACUUUAUACUGUUCCUGAAUACGAUGAUACAUCGCGGAAUUCAUAUCAUUUUCAAUACAAAGGUGCUUUUGAGAAGGAACGAAUACAUCAGUUAUACAGUCUUCCUGAUGUCCCACAAAUGCUUCUUAUUUGUACAUCGAGAAAGUUUGUGCUUGUGGAUGAGCGAAUGCGUGGACUUACUUGUUUGGAAUCAUCUCAUAGCAUCUAUCAUGGUGGACAUCAUAUUACAAGUGCUCCACCUAUUCGAGAUACUGAUCGAAAUGGCACUAUUUAUCCGAUCUUUGUCUUGCAACAUACCAUACAUCCUGAUGUACAAACAUUUUCUCUCUAUCGUCAUUUGCAUGGUACGACGUGGUCAUCGUUAGCAUCAAUCAAACGACUACAAGAACCUCGUAGUGCAGUUGCAUUUUAUCGAGAGCAACCUAAGUAUAAUAUACACAUUCCACGUUUAGCUGAAAGGCUUUUAUUUGGAAGUGGACCAACACGAGCUCUUUCUUUCCUCAAUACUGAUACUGAUUCUGGUAAUGAGAAAUUGUUUUUAUUUCGAAUGAUGGAUGAUGGAAGUCUAUGGUAUGAACAAAUUAGUACUCACAAUGAUCAGUAUCUAUCAGAGAAGAUGCUGUGGAGAGGUUCUGAUAUUAAUGUGCAUUCUGAUAUUCAUCAGCAAAAAGUAAAUAUUUUUGAUGUGGAAUCUGAUAUUGGUACUUCAGAAAAUCUUCUUCUGAAUGCUAAUGCUGGAACAUUGCAGCCAUUGGAUACACAUCCUGAAAAUAACUAUCCUGAACCAGAAAUAGUGAGAGAUGUUGCUGAUGAGCAACUUUUUUCAAAAAUUGUAUUACAAGGUUGUCCAAAGGAAGCAUACGGUUUUCGUGGAUCUCUUGGUUUUUCUAAGCCAUUAUGGUAUGAAACGCGUAACUGUAGUAGUGGUGAUGAUGUAGAUGUUACAAAAUUGGAUACCUAUACAACAACGAAUUAUUUUUUGUAUGAUAGUGCUCAUAUUUCACAGACUUAUGUAGCUCUUUGUUCUUUGUUGAUUCUCGGAGAUGAUUUAAGUCGAGUAGAUAGGAAAGCUGUACUGGAAGGAAUAUGUUGUGAUCAGCUUAGUGAUGGAAGUUUUCGAGGACAACAAGGAACGGAAAAUGAUAUGCGUUUUGUGUAUUGUGCUAUUGCGAUAUGUUAUAUACUCAAUGAUUUUAGUGCAAUCAACAUGAAAUCAGUGCUGAAAUUUAUUCAACGAUGUGUUAAUUUUGAUGGCGGUAUCGGUCAAGCGCCUUUUCUUGAAAGUCAUGGAGGCUCAACAUUUUGUGCUAUAGCUGCAUUAGCAAUGGCAGGACAUCUAUGGGAUGAGAGUGUUCUAACACAUAAACAAAUUGAAAGACUUGUGAAAUGGGCGUUAUGGAAGCAAGAUGAAGGCUUUCACGGUCGAGCUAAUAAGCCAGAUGAUAGUUGCUAUGCAUUUUGGAUUGGUGGAACACUUAAGAUUUUGGAUGCUUAUAUGUUUGUGGAUAGGGAGCGAUUACGAUCUUUCAUUUACUCAACUCAGGAUCGAGAAUUAGGAGGUUUUGGCAAGUUUAGUGAUGUUGUACCUGAUGCAUUGCAUACAUGUUACAGCAUAUCUGCAUUGUCUUUGUUGCAUGAGCCUAAUUUACGACUAAUAUAUCCACCACUAAAUAUCACAAAUCGAGCAGCCGAACAUCUAACUAAUAUCAAUUUAAAUGGAUAA